AUGUACGCUGGCAGCCAAAAUAACUACCUUAUCCGACUUCCGAUUAAGCGCAUAUUUCUCUCGAUUGCAGACCGUCCUGGAUCAGAUGGCGGGUAUCGCGAACCCACAUCCCCCGGCGUUGGAGCUCCCUCGGGGUUCGAGAUUCCUCAGGUUGGUGGAACGUGUUCAGUUCUUAGCGGAGCAAAGCCGGUAUCAGGAAGCCGCUUGUUAUUCGCUUGUGCGGGCGAAGCCGUUGAUACACGAUUUACGCCGAUGAGCGGUUCAAUAUGGAAGACGCUGCUUAAAUUUGUGAGCCGGUUUUACCAGCGAGCCGUUCCUGGGCCACGAGCCUUUCCUGAGGCGCGAGCCGUUCCUGAGGCAGCCACCCACCAAAUUGACUUAGCGAAUUUGACGCGUCGGUACCACGCCAUCCUUUCUCCCCGCUGUGCCGCCCGCCCGUCCCGUCUCUGCCGCUGCCCGUGGUGCCCGUCUCUUAUCUCUACCAAUCCCGACUGCGUCGUGCCACCCCUCCAGGCCUACUUCAAGCCAUGCCUUCUCCACGCAAGAGGCCGCAUCAUGUCUAAUCUAUGGGGGACCGAACUUGACGAUAACCUCGUCGAUCCCCUCCUGCGAGGCGUAUGGCACAUUGGACACUUGUGUUUUGCUGGCCAGUACGGGCUAACAGAGUGUUAUGGAAGCCGGGCGCGGACGCCAACCCCAACCCCCCCCCAGCAGAGCACCAGUACCAGCACGGGUACCAGUACCAGUACCAGCACCAGUACCAGUACCAGCACCAGUACCAGCGCCAACGCCAACGCCAACGCCAACGCCACCAAUCCUACCGAGAGAGAGAAGACCCUUUGGGGCAAAACCUCGAUGGACGUUCGCCGCGUUACCAAACGCCGCCGUAGACCCGAGCCCGAGCCAGAACAACCGGGUUCGAAUGAUGACGCAGUGGCGGCCGAGAUGGCUAAGGACGACGCCAACGAGCGUAAGCUCACAGACAACAUUAAGAGUAUUCACGGCGACGAUGUGGACCCUUUCGGCUUGGAGUGGCAGGAGGCCCGUACGCGGUUCAUGAACGACCAGAAAAACUGCAAGUUCCGCAAACUACUUACAACCCAUGCCGAGCACCCUGAGUAUACAAACAUACUCAAUGUGGAGCUGCCAGUCCCUCGGGACUACCUUAAGCGGAUGACGGAUGCGGCCUGGGCGGAGGAGAGCUUCUUUAAAGUGUGGACAUAUAUGGAGGGGCGGCUGGACUUCAAGCGGUCUUCUAAACUGGGACAGUACUAUAUACGCAAGUAUAGGAGUCUCAACGAGACUCACUUUGCGUGGGUCUUCGAGCGGCAGCGCCGCCAGAAGAAGCAGAAGAAGAACUCCUCUGCGACGACCAAGGCCAACCUCGAACGAUUUGUGAUUGACGAGGCGCCGCCGUCGGACAGGGAGGAUGGAAGCAGUUGCGAUCGUGGUAAUAGCCCGGGCACAGGCACCUUCCAGUCAAUAAGCCUUUACAACAACUGCAAGAAUUUUCAACCACUCCACCUCCCGCCUCCCACCUCCCACUCUUUCUCGCAAGUCGCGUCGUUAUCCCUCUCGUUGAUGCCGUUUUUUAAGCUCAAGAUGCCACGCGCUUUACAGCAUCGUGCGAAGAAGGCGUUGAUUCGCCGUCGACUGCAGAAGCGCGAAGCUGCAAAGCGCCAGCGCCUUGACUCGACCGACCGGGAACGUGGCUCUUCGCCUCAGCGUCCUCAUCACAAAGAGCCGACCGAUAGCGACGGCGAUGGCGGCGAUUGGGAACCGAUCACAUCUGCUACUGAUUUCGACGACUUCGAGCUUGCCCGAGCCUUGAUCGAUGUAGUGAACGAAGCAGACCACGUCGUCUAUCCCAACCCCGAGACCGACGAGUAUCAACUUGCAGACGACGGUCCGCUCCAGCAAGAGCUGCAGGAACUGGCCGAGUACCAGUAUGCCGCUGAUACCAUCGAGAGCCACGACGAUGAAGCGGAAGGCAUCUCCGCCGCCAAUGAACAUGAAGAGGAGGUGCUAGAUACCAUCGCGGUUGCCGCACCCUGGGACACCACCGGUCAAUACCAAACCUCCGAGCCCGAAGACCCGUUCGCAGCCUCGCAACCAGUUGAGCAACACCGUAAAGCACACGACCUGUCGGAGUUUGCCUUGGGUUUAGGCCUGUAUUGCAUCAUUCACAGUGUAUCCCGCAAGCAAUACUCAACUCUCCUUCAACUUCUCAAACUGCUUGGUCAUUCCGAUAAGAUCAGUCGGUUGCCCGAUAGCCUUGACACUCUGAAGCGCCACGUCCGGGAAUCGAUACCGCGUAUCGACAUGCGUGUGGUCAAAGACCUGCCGCUGAACCCUAAGAAAGACCUCUUCUUCUUGAACCCUGUGGACCUCCUUCGCCGCAUUCUUAGCUCCCGCAUCUCCAGCACAUUACACUUCGGUAUGGCUCAACUUGUGGAUAACCCGUCGGAGGCGUGGCAUUCGAUGCAAUGGGCCGGCUCGGUACGCACCACCAGCGGCGAAUUCGCAUACUAUCCGCCCUUCCCUUCCAUGGAACCCAUCUUCCCUGGCGACAUUAUCGCAUACCAAUGCGCGUUCCCAGCCUGUACCGGCUGCCAUGAAAAGGUCGCUACAAAUGUCAGGGUCGCCACGAAAGUCCAUCUCGGACAGAUCCAGGCAAUGUUCCGCGAUCAUCGCGAUAGUUCCCGUCAUCUCGGCAACUUCAUCGGCGACCCCAGCACCGGGGCUGAGAAGAACACGAAAGGCGAUGUUGUCCUGGUUAUCUCACGGAUAUGUUCUGGCAAGUUCAUCAACCGACAGUUCGUCCAGAAGGGCAAGGCGAUCAAGAUCAACCCAGCCGAAGAUACACUAGAUGACGACGAGCUGGUCCUUUGCAUGAGCCCAAUGGAGCUUAUUUCACCAGCCAUGGUCACCGGCCGUCGCGACAACAUCCGCUUCGACUAUGCGUUUGGCAGCAAAGUGCGGUUCCCGGGUGAUCCAAUCGCUAGACGUGAACAACCAUUGAUCACCCGCAUAUUCGACCGGGAGCAUAUGGCGCUGGUGCCACCCUGCCUAGUCUCUCUGGUCCCUGGUGCCCUCGAAGUCGAUGAGCCGUUUGGCCGCGACUGGCUGGCCAAGACGUUCGCUCAAGGUGCAGAAGGUCGUGUCCGGUGUCUCCCGUGCCUGAACUUCAACGAUGGCUUUGGCCUGUAUCGCACUAUGACCAAGUCCAUCAUGGGCUGCUAUCUUCAGAUCGCCGCUAUGCCGAGAAGCGAACACACCCGCCAGAUCAACGUCCUACCGGUUACACUGGGACCACAUGGUGCCAAUAUGCACGAUGUCAUGAAGGCCUUGGCGCCGCUGAGAGCUCUCGACCGUGGUAUUGCUUGUCGCGGCCCAAUCUUAGUUGCCGAUCGUGUCUCGUCAUUUCCAACAACCGUGAUGACCUUCGACGUCGACGUGAUAGGCAAUGCCCGUGGCCAUAUGGAGAUGGUUCGCUUUCGUCGUUGGAUGGAUGAGGAACUGCACCAAAAGUACAAGAAGGAGGCGUUUUCGACCAAGCACGGUAUAUCUCUUGAGGCGCCUGCAGUCAUGUAUGUCGCCCCAGCACUGGAUCUUAUCGGUGGUCGCCCCAGUGAUGCCGCACAUUCGGAGUUCAAUGGUAUCACCAAGAUGAUACACCAGCUUCUCCUUGACGCAGAGUCUGACCUCAAGCGCCCUUUUGCCCGUGCAAUGGAGGCAGUGUUUGAUCAGUCCAAGCUGACAGCUAGCACUGCGUGUUCAAUUGACGCAACUAUAGCCACGAAGGUGGAAGAAGAUCGCGACGACAAGGCGAUGUUUGAGAGUAUUCGCCUUAGCAGACGGUUAUUUCAGCUAAUGUGUGAAGCUGCAGCGCAGUCCACUGACCAAUCGACCCGUGCUGCUCGUCGUCGUGGACGCGGUACUGCGGCAAACUCGCGCGCAGCUUCUGUGGCCCCCGCCGUGGCUGGCGGGAUAUCAACACCAGCAGCAGCAGCCGCCAUGGCCAACACUAUGGCUACGAUGGAGAUCGAGGAGGACGAUGCUGUCGACAAUGAUGUCAACAUCGACCAGCAUACCGUCGCCCAAAAAGCCCACAAGUAUCGACAGUGGAGCGCUCGCCCGAAUGUGCAUAUCGGCCUGCACUACAUCGACGUGUAUCGCCGGUAUGGAUUGGUUUCGUUGUUGAUGGUCUUGCCAGGAGAGAUGAAGCAUAAGCUAUGGAAGAACCUUGUGACUGUGCGCCUUAUCUUGCUGGAUGGCUUCCAGGACGAGCCGGAUAUAACCAAGAAACUGAAGAAUCUUGCAGCAUCGGUACCGACGUUGUUCUCUUCAUUGCUCCCGCACGACGAGCUUGCCCGAGAUGAUGCAGAGGACGAAGAUGACCCGUCCAUCACACUCAGGAUCGUUACCGACGGGUCUCAUCCAGCGGCGACUGUAUUGAUAGCGGUCAAAGCCAGGGUAUACAAGGCGAUGGGUUUCCCCACUCGCGAGGCUGAAUUCCAGCCGGUCUUUGCUCGGCAGGUUCGGGAUGCAUACCGGGCUGACUAUGGUAGGAACAUCAUCAUGAGUACCAAUUUACGGGUACGCUGGUGGAAAAAGGUCUCCUUCGCAGACAGCAACAACCCGACUGGGGCUCGGCGUCUCGUUUAUCAGCGAGGGCAGUACGUAGCUUUCCGGAUAGCUGGCGACAUCGGCCGGCUGGACCACAUCAUGACGCAUGAACCCAUUGCAGGCACAACUUAUGUCUUCCUCAUCGUUACUCCACUCCGCAAGAUAGAGGCCUCGGAGCCUCUCACGGGCCUUCCCUUGAUGCAGAUUGCUCAGCCCGGCCAACAUAUCGGCAUGGCACAGGAAGAUGAUCGCUGUUGCCAGCUGAUUGUCGGUUUACCCGCUCUCCAUCGCAGCCGGUUGUACAUGGUGCCAUUCACCACCGAGGCAGGAGAGGAUGGUCGGCGCUUGGUGACCAACAUCAACCAUGACCUCACUGACGACACCCAGCUUCUCUGUGUCAAUUGGCGAGUGCAGUUCACUUGA